CCCCAUACGGUCCAACAUCGAUUCGACACACGAAGGGUAAACCGAGCACCUUCCGUUUGGCAGUCGAUCUAAUCGGAGGAUCCACCGUGUCGAAGGGACAUAGCCAAGGAGCGAAGGACUCCGGCCCUCCGGGAUCGUUCGCAAACUACUCGCUCGACGACGACGACAACGACGACGACGACGUUCCCGUCGAGGUAGUAGCCGCCGAGGGUGGUAGCCGAGGAAAAGACACCCUCCGUCGAGAGCUUUAAGUUCUCCCUCCCCCGAGAGAAAAGCUCUCGCACUGCGAGAUCAUGCAGAACUAUGGACACGAGGAUUACGAUUAUGGGGCGCAGGGCGACGCAGGGCAGGCUGGCGGCCGAGCUCUGCCACAAGUUCCGGGCGCCAGGCCGAUGGUGGACCCACAAGCGGAAGGUAUCGUCGACCCCGAAUUGUACCCCCAGCCGAAAGAGGGUACGCACAAGAUACGGGGCAAGAGUGACAUUCUGGAAUAUCUGUUCGGCGCCGUCGAUCAGGAGCUCCUCACCGUCAAGACUUUCUACUUCUUCUUUUACUCCGCCUUCGGCUCGUUGUUCCCGCUCAUGGGAGUGUAUUUCAAGCAGAUGGGCAUGAACGCCGGACAGUGCGGCCUCCUCAUCGGUCUCAGGCCCUUCAUCGAGUUCUUGAGCGCUCCUUUCUGGGGUUCCCUCGCCGACAGGUGGCAGAAGGGCAAGAUUAUCCUGCUAGCUUCUCUUUCUUGCUGGAUCAUCUUUACUCUACCCUUGGGCUUCAUUCAGCCACCUCCGACUUCCUGCAUAGUCCCCGGCGUAAACAACACUUUUUACCUCGAAGCAUCCAACAGUAGAGAACAGAGAAUCGUAAAGCGAUCGACCGACCUGGACGAGCUUUAUUAUCCUGUGAACGAAGACGAGUAUCUGGAGGUCGCGUCCAACGUCGUCUUCGAGAGGCUACGGCGAAAUACGGACGAUAACGAAAUAUAUGAUCACGCAAAGAGACCGGACCUGCUAAGGGAAGUCAGUAGGCUCGGGACGUCAUACGACAUCGAAGGAAACGGUGUCAGAGCUUUCGAUAACGAUGCUUCCCUCGCAUACGAUUUGAAGAGCAACCGAGUGAGAAGGCAGGCAGCCACUACGGAUGAGAGCGAUGUCGAAGAUCUCAGGUACAAACAGCUGGUGUUCGAAAAUAACGGCGACCCGGAUGCGAAGACGAUUGACUUGGAGGCACUGCAGGAGAAGAAUCGACCGGCCGACGUUUUGGAGUACAAACGUUUCAUGAAGAAUGAACCAAUAACCGACGGAACGGUGGUUCCCAAGAAGGCAUACGUGCACACCAAGGCACGCGUGAAACCACCACCGGCGAAAGUAAUGGUGAAACGGGACGUGGAAAGGGAGCAAGCAUUUUUGGAGGAGAAGGAGGACGACGCAAUCGUCCAGAUUGACGAUGACGACGAGAAAAACGCGAAUAUGUUUCUGAGAAGAAGUCGCAGAAACGCAAUCCAUGGCUCGGGAGAAUUACCGUUGUCCCCUUUAUCGGUUACUUACGCGACAAACUAUAACUCGGAGGAGAACAAAGGAUGGGUGAAACCGAUCUUCAGCUCCAUAGUAUACAGAUUGCCGGACAUCCAAAAAACGUUCUUCCUUCUGCUACUGCUGGUCAUAGUUGGCGAAUUCUUCUCAGCACCGGCUAUAACCUUAGCUGAUUCGGCCGUUAUCACCUUGCUAGGCGAAGAUGCCGACAGAUAUGGCCAUCAACGUAUGUUCGGGAGCCUCGGGUGGGGUUUGGCCAUGUUCUUCGUCGGGAUCGCCCUCGAUCACAGUACUGCGUUUCCGGACCACCCUUGUAAGCCUGAUCCGAGAGAGAAAAAUUAUACGAUUUGUUUCGCGAUAUUCAGCGUGCUGAUGGGCGCUGCGUUAAUAACCGCGACGCAGAUCAAUUUCAAGUACGACUUUAUGUCCGCCGAGCCGGAAGUGGUGAAGCCGCCGGCCGAACUAACGCGGGAGGAACAACUUCAAAAUCAGCUAUCUCAGCAGCUGAACUUGCCCGGGCUUCAGGACUCAUCCGCUGCUGUGGACCCGAAGCCUCAACCUCCCGAAGGGAAGACGAAAAUGUUUGCGCAAACGACGAAGGAGAUACCGGAGUGGAUAACGGUGUUGAAGCAAUUCAAGGAUCUCAAGUGCGUCUCGUUUCUCUUCGUCGCGUGGUUCAUGGGAUUCGGCAUCGGGCUGAUUUUCACCUUCCUCUUCUGGCAUCUUCAAGAUUACGGUGGCUCGCCGACUCUCUUCGGCGUCGCGUCCGUGAUCAAUCACAUCUCCGAGAUCUUCGCGUAUUUCUUCAGCUUCAAGCUCAUCCGGCAGAUCGGCCACGUUAAGGUAUUGUGCCUGGGUCUAGGCGGAAACGUGCUUCGGUUUCUUUACAUAUCUUGGCUGCGGAAUCCGUGGUGGGUGUUACCCUUUGAGUUCAUCCAGGGUAUCACGCAUGCGGCCGUGUGGGCCGCAUGCUGCAGCUACAUUGCCCACAACACACCGCCGCAAUUGCGCUCCAGCGCGCAAGGUGUUCUUCAGGGGCUCCAUCAUGGGCUUGGAAGAGGUUGCGGAGCGGUGAUCGGCGGCAUGUUCGUUGCAGCCUACGGCACGACUGCGACGUUCCGGGCGUACGGUCUUAUUUGCAUCAUCGUCCUGGCGGUCUUCGUUUUCAUCAAUUUCUACAGGAAGGAUACCGGCUUCGUGUCUGAGCUACCGCAAACGGAAGAUCCGCAUCAAGUGGCCGAGGCUACCCAUCUGGCACCACAUGGCGUACCAAGCAAUGCUAUACCGAGGGCGCUUAGUUCCAGCCGUUUGCACGAACUGGCUAAUCAAGACGCUGGUUACGGUGCCACUUAUCAGACCAGUGGUGGGAAUCUGGCCGUACCCGGCGCUAAUGGAGGUCCUGGCAAUCCGACGAACCCAUUCUUAAACAGCGGAAGCGGCGGCGAAAGUGGAUAUAAUUAUGGUAUGACUGGCAAGGGAGAGGACGAGUAUAUUCGUAGGAGCUUCCAGAUCUACAGUGAAGUGGUGGGUAGGGAAUUCGAUCUCGUAAAACCGACUAUCCACCUACACGCCCAACAACCAUGCACCAAUCCCUUUCAUCAACACGACUACGACUGGUAACGACUCGAUCUACCGAUAUGAGGUUUGUUACGUACAAUCGGCAAUUCGAAAUGCGGAUGAUCGCGAGAAAGAAAAAACGAGGGAGAGAGAGACGAAAGAACGCUACUGAGAUAAAUAAUAAAAUAUUAUAAAUAUAAAUAUAUAUAAUUAUACACACACACAAUGUACGCGCGUGCGUGCGCAUAUGUACGCAAGUGUGUGAGUGUGCGUACGCGCGCGUGUCAUCAUAAAGCCGCCGUUAUAGGGUGUGUCGAGAGAUGAUGUGAUAAAAUAGCUGUGGAAAAAGUGAACGUGACGCUAUCAAUGCCCCACUCGGUAGAUCUAUGAAAUCUUAUUGCGACAUGACCUUAUUACCGUCCUCUGGCUUGCUCGUCUUACGAUUCGGUAAUUCCCGUGCAUCGUUUGCCGUUCACCUCUGACCCCUUAAUGGGCGUCCAGAGCUAUCUUAGAGCAUCGGGGAAUUAAUGGUAAGACUAAAACGUGAUGCGAUCAAUUGAAAGUGCCUAUCGACGGUUUCCCGAUGCCCUAACUGUGCGGAUGCCGCUUGUAUUUCUUACCAGUGGUCUUUCCUUCUUUUAUCCUUCCGUAUGCACGACGUAAGUGGCGAAAGUGACUCGGUAACUCGAGCGUGGAAUUCAUUCGUUCGAACAAGCGUUGGGUUGAAGAUGUAAGACUAUCCCUAUAAACGCGUAAUAUUAUUUAAUAUUAAGCGAUAUUCUGGGUACGUUCUUAGAAUAUUAGACGUAAUAUUCUAAUAAUAUCCCAUUAUAAUAAUUAUAAUAAUAUUCCAAUAAUAUUAUUUAAUAUUAAGUAAUAUUUCCCGAGACGCUUUCGAGAGUCGAACUUGUCUACUUUUGCACUCGUAUACCAUACACAAGUUGUAGUCUUUUUUCCAGUUACUUCCGUAUUGUCGAGAGUACCUUAGAAAGAAAGAAACCAUAUUUUUGCGCCUUACAAAUUAUAUCACGUGUAUACGUUAUAUGAUUGUUAUUUCGUGUUAUCAUAUGCAUUUGCAUAUCAAGCGUGUAUAUUAUGCGCUUGCGAAAACGCGAUGUUAAUUACUGCGGCAUGCGAAUGUAUUAGAAUUAUUUUAGUUUCGCGAUUAUCGAAUCAGCCAGCGGACUUUAAAUGUGUAUUUACGUAAGUAGGCAAAAGUCGAUAAACCGAAAUAGCAGCUAACGUUGACACGAUGAUAAAAUGAUUGUCAUCUUUCACAAAGUUGCGUCGGAAAGGUUAUUAUUCAAUAUCCCAGUAUAAAAUUAGGAAUAACAGUAUCUGGGAGGCCUAAAAGGGUUAAAUUAACGCGACGAAUAUGUACAUCAUCAUGAGUAGAAUAAUUUGCGUUUCAUUUGCCGAUAAUUGACGGGAGGACGCGGAGUAAAUUAACGACGUUAAAGACGAUCGUCAUCUGUAAAUAUUCUAUAUGCUCUUAUAUGCUGGAUCUUACUGUUCACAUCUGAUCCCUUUUCUUUUCCUUUUUUUUCUAGUGAAUUGUUGAUUGUUAUAACUAUGACUAUCUAUUUGACCUUCUCAUUAGUAAUCUAUCGAAUUUCUAUCGCGUAUAUACUUUUAUUGUAUGUAUAAGAUAUAUACGUUGUGACAACUGUAUAAUAUUGUUGGAAGGCGAAGAAGGGUGGGAUUAGUGAAAAAAAAAAUAUAUAUAUAUACAUAUAAAGGUUAUACAAUAGCGAGAUUAUCUACUGUCAGAGGAGGAAAUACAAGGAUCGCCUUCUCAUCUCACGCUUCUAUAAGGGAACUCACUAUUACUCGAGGCACAAGACAAAUAGAGAUACUCGGUGUAACUUACCUUUGUGAAAAAAAUUCUAAGUUAGGAUAAUUACAAAAAAAAAUUAUACGUAGGGAUAUCUAACGGAGUUUUGAGAUUUUUUAAUGUAUUUCCUGCACUUUGUAACGGUUAAUUUCUCUCAUUUUACGAAAAAAAACAAAUACUAAGACCGCAAAGUCAUUAACUUGGAUGAUGUUUGCACCAAAACUAGGAAAUGUUUCAAAAAUCUCGAAAACUCUCUUAGAUCCUUAUGUAUAUAUAUUAUAUAAGCAGCAUUUUGUGAAUCGAACAUUAACCGACAAUAAGAUCCGAUUAACGAAAAAAAAAAAAAACGUCACGAGGGAUUUCGUAUACUCUACAUGUAUAUUUUCGUGUUAUAAUUUUAUCCUUUUUUCAUUUGAGAAAAAAAAUUAUUCCAAUUAAAUUCUUUCGACUUGUUGUUGACGGUUAAGGUGCGCUUUACGAAAUAUUACGAAAAUGUUACACUACACAGUGAUAUUUCUCGUGUCGGCCGUCAAUACAUAUUGAUGUUUUGCGGACAAGUAAAUUAUACAUUGUUAUAAAGACUGAAACAAAAUGUUAUAUGCAUGGAACGGUCGAUCCGAGGUAAUACUUUGGGCAAACGUGUGUGCGUAUUUGUAUUAUAAAUUAUAUAUAUACAUAAAGUGUACGCGUGAAGAGAA